UGGCUCACUGCUUCCUUACUUUCACUCACGUGCCGGGCGAGCAAGAAGUGACACACAUGAGCCAGCUGAUUACUUUGAAAGCUGCCACUACUCGAUUGUCUAUCUUUAUUCGUCUCUUUCUCUAUUUUACGAGGCCGGUAGUGUUGAAUGAAGUAGACCUGUAAGUGGGUUUCUUCCCCGUCCCACGUUCCCUCUAUCUCUGUUCGUCCGUGUGUGUGGCCGUGUGCGCGUGUGAGAUAGAGAGGGAGAGCAAGAUAGAAGAGAGAGAGGGUGAGAGAGAGAGAGAGAAGAGGAGAGGAGAGGAGAGGAGGAUGAUCGCAGCCCAACUACUAGCGUACUACUUCGCCGAACUUAAGGAUGACCAGGUUAAAAAGAUUGACAAGUACCUGUACUCCAUGCGCUUCUCCGAUGAGACGCUACUGGACAUCACGCAGCGCUUUCGCAUGGAGAUGGUCAAAGGAUUGAGCCGCGACACCUACACCACGUCAUCUCUAAAGAUGUUGCCGACGUUUGUCCGCUCCAUCCCCGACGGCUCCGAGAAAGGAGACUUCAUCGCGUUGGAUUUGGGAGGAAGUGCCUUCAGGAUCCUUCGCGUCAAAGUCAGUCAUGAGAAGAAGCAGACGGUUCAGAUGGAGAGCCAGAGCUACGACACACCUGAGGACAUCAUGCACGGGAGCGGCACUAGGGUGUGUUCGCGCACGCCCCCACACACACGCACACGCACACACACACACAAAGGCAUCUUCGUUCUCACCUCCAUCUCUGCCUUGUUCCAGCUAUUCGACCAUGUGGCAGAGUGUCUGGGUGACUUCAUGGAAAAGCAUAACAUUAAAGACAAGAAGCUGCCAGUUGGCUUCACCUUCUCCUUCCCUUGCCAGCAAACCAAACUUGAUGAGAGCACUCUGAUAACAUGGACGAAGCGCUUCAAGGCGAGCGGAGUCGAGGGCUUGGAUGUUGUCCAGCUGCUCAACAAAUCCAUCAAAAAACGAGGCGACUAUGAAGCGGACAUCAUGGCUGUGGUGAACGAUACCGUGGGAACUAUGAUGACGUGCGGCUUCGACGACCAACGCUGUGAAGUCGGAAUUAUUAUCGGAACCGGCACCAACGCGUGCUACAUGGAGGAGCUGCGUCACAUCGACCUGGUGGAAGGUGACGAAGGCAGGAUGUGUGUGAACACUGAGUGGGGAGCCUUUGGAGACGAUGGCUGGUUGGAGGACAUCCGGACAGAGUUUGACCGAGAGAUUGACCGUGGCUCUCUGAACCCCGGCAAACAGCUGUUUGAGAAGAUGGUUAGUGGACUGUACAUGGGCGAGAUGGUUCGCCUAAUUCUGGUCAAGAUGGCCAGGGACGGUCUGCUGUUUGAAGGAAGGAUCACCGCUGAGCUUCUUACUAAAGGGAAGAUUGAGACCAAGCACGUGUCCGCUAUUGAGAAGAGUAAGGAGGGAUUAACCAAGGCCAAAGAGAUUUUAAUCAGACUUGGUGUGGAGCCCUCGGAUGAAGACUGCAUUGCCGUUCAACAUGUUUGCACCAUUGUCUCUUUCCGCUCUGCCAACCUGAUAGCGGCAGUGCUUGCGGGCAUCCUCAAGAGGAUCAAGGAGAACAAAGGGGUGGCCCGACUGCGCACCACUGUUGGCAUUGACGGAUCUCUUUACAAGAUGCACCCACAGUAUGCCCGUCGUCUUCAUAAGGCGGUCCGUCGACUGGUCCCCGACUCUGACGUGCGGUUUCUCCUGUCAGAGAGCGGUAGCGGUAAAGGAGCCGCCAUGGUGACGGCGGUGGCCUACAGACUCGCUGAGCAAUCGAGGCAAAUCGCACAAACUCUGUCAGAGUUCCGCCUGACGACCGAUCAGCUGCUGGAGGUAAAGCAGCGAAUGAGGACUGAGAUCCAAAAUGGCCUUUCGAAGGCUACGCAGGAGUCUGCCACCGUGAAAAUGUUGCCAACGUUUGUGUGCAGUACUCCCGAUGGCACAGAAAAUGGUGAUUUCCUGGCCUUGGAUUUAGGAGGAACCAACUUCAGGGUACUGAUGGUCAAAAUUCGUUCUGGGAAGAAAAGAACAGUGGAGAUGCACAACAAGAUUUACGCCAUUCCUCUGGAAGUGAUGCAGGGAACAGGAGAGGAGCUGUUUGAUCACAUUGUGCAUUGUAUAAGUGACUUCCUGGACUACAUGGGGAUGAAAAAUGCUCGUCUUCCUCUGGGCUUCACCUUCUCAUUCCCCUGCCUUCAGACCAGCCUGGAUGCCGGAGUUCUGGUGACGUGGACCAAAGGGUUCAAGGCAACAGACUGUGAAGGAGAAGAUGUGGUGGGGCUUUUGAGAGAGGCCAUUAAAAGACGAGAGGAAUUCGACUUGGAUGUUGUGGCUAUAGUCAAUGACACCGUGGGCACCAUGAUGACCUGUGCGUACGAGGAACCCACCUGUGAGAUUGGGCUCAUCGCUGGUACCGGCAGUAAUGCCUGUUACAUGGAGGAGAUGAGGAACAUUGAGAUGAUAGACUCCAAUACAGGGCGAAUGUGUGUCAACAUGGAGUGGGGUGCCUUCGGUGAUAACGGAUGCCUAGAUGACAUCAGGACCGAGUACGACCGUGCUGUGGAUGAUUUCUCUCUCAAUCCGGGAAAACAGAGAUACGAGAAAAUGUGCAGUGGUAUGUACCUUGGCGAAAUAGUGCGGAACAUCUUAAUAGACUUGACCAAGAGGGGCUUCCUCUUCAGAGGGCAGAUUUCUGAGACACUGAAGACCAGAGGCAUUUUUGAAACCAAGUUCCUCUCUCAGAUUGAGAGUGACAGAUUGGCGUUACUUCAAGUGAGAUCCAUCUUGCAACACCUUGGCCUGGACAGCACCUGUGAUGACGGUAUCAUUGUCAAAGAGGUUUGUGGAGCAGUGUCACGUCGAGCCGCUCAGCUCUGUGGGGCAGGAAUGGCCGCCGUUGUUGAUAAAAUCAGGGAAAACCGUGGCUUGGAAUAUUUGAACAUCACUGUUGGGGUGGAUGGGACUCUCUACAAACUCCAUCCUCACUUUUCCCGGAUUAUGCACAAAACCGUCAAAGAACUGGCCCCUCACUGCCAUGUCAACUUCCUGCUGUCAGAGGACGGCAGCGGCAAAGGGGCAGCGCUCAUCACAGCUGUGGGCGUCCGGUUGAGACAAGAGGUCAACAGUUAAUAACUGUCACAGUCCAGUGUCUUCCCUUGACUGGCCCCUUGCUGCUCUGCCCCCUCCUCUGUCCCACACUCCAGGAGAUGCUGUAGUGCGUCCAUGUGGAAAACAAUUUAGUGGCACAAUUGAUAUAUUACCUGUAGAACAUGUUGAAAGUUUGAAGAUUAUAGCUCAUUCAAUUGCUUUAAAACACACCCCUACAACUUUGCUUCGUGGUGUAUAAUGGUGCCACCCUCUGGAUUUUUCUAGUAAUUGCAAAGUGUCGAUCGUAAUACAGUACUGGACAAUGGUCUCACUGCAGUCAGUUUCGUGUCGCAUUAAUGUUCUUCCGUGAUAAUAAGUAGCUGCACGUUUAUGAAAUCUUAUUCCGUACCAAAGUUAGAUGAAUGUGUCUGCACAAAAUACACAAAUAUAUAUGAAGGGAGGCACAGCGGUUGACUGGUUCACAUGUCUGCCUCACAGUAUAGACGUCGUGGGUUCAAAACCGGUCGGUGUGUGGCGUUUACAUGUCCGCCACGGUUUCAUCCCACAUUCCAAAAGCAUGCAUAGCAGGUUAAUUGUCGCAACUCCAAAUUGUCCCUCUGUGUGAUUGUGAGUGUGAAUAGUUGCGUCUGUGUGCCCCUGAGAUUGACUGGCAACUAGUUCAGGGUGUACCCCGCCUACUGCUCUAAGACAGCUGGGAUAGGCUCCAGCACACCCGCGAAACUCGUGAGGAUAAGCGGAUCAAAUAAUGGAUGGAUGAUAUGUGAAAGGGAAUUUUGUUGGUGCUUUAAAGCUUUUAUGAUAUCAUUCCGGUAUUCAAUAUAUUUGACAUGUGCUGUUAUUUAUUUUAUUUGUAUAUCUGGAGAUGAUUAUGGUAAACAUUGCAAUAAUGAUGCACAAGUACACAUCCAAAGAGAAAGCUGUUGUUCUAAUCAGCUCAGUCAUGUAAACGUGAAUAUUGAACAUGGAACAUCCAAUCUAUGCUCGGGUGACGCAUACUUACUGAACGUGCUUGUGCUCCUCUUCUUUUGUGUUCCAUUUUCUUGUAAUCUACUGUAAAUUAUAUCCAAAGAACAAUUGUCCUUGUUCACAAUCCUGGGGUGCUGAUGUCUAGGCGCUGCAAAUCCAUCAAUUCGUUCGCAACAGGAACGAAAGUGCUUGAGGUGUUAUGGGUGCCAGUUGCAGCACCACUAGCCCAAAUCUGUGGGAAGGACAUUACACUUGCUGAAACUUUAAGAUCAUUUGAAACAUUCUGAUGAGGAGGAUUUUAAAUAUUCUUACUUCUUGUCUGAUAAAUGCUCUUUAAAUCUCAGGAGGAAGAUAUUUAAGUGAUCAAUUAUGUUUUGUUUUUUGCUUUACAAAAAGUGAAUGCUAAUGCAUGGGUUGGAAAUCCUCUUUGAGUUCCUGGUGUCCAUCAGGGCUCCAUCCUCGGUGCAUAACUAUUUGGAACUUGAAGUAUAAGGAUGUUUGCGAAUCCAAUUUGCCCUUCUGUUGCAGGGCUGGGCAACUUAAAUGCUGGAGGGGGCCACACUAUUUCAUCAGUCCUACUGUUUGUCCCAAUAAGAACAGCUCUUGACCCUUUUAGCGUUAUAGUUGGGGUUUUGGGAGAAUAUUGUAACAGUGACAAAGACACAUACCAGGGUCCCUGAAAUAUAUACCAUUUUAGAAUAGACAAAUUGAAGCUGCUACAGUGUUGUACAUAAGAAAUAAAUCACACUUAUGUGGGCAAGAGAAUAUAAUAACUCUCACGAAUGGCAAAGUAAAGCCUGAUUUGCCUCAAUGAUCACUCCAUAAUUGUCAAUAUUGAUCACAAACACUUGAAUUGUUUAGCUGUAUCUGUUCAACACUGUCAGUCAUUCAAUAAAGUCAAAGCAAUGUCAGAAUUA